AGCUUUGUGAUAUCAGAAAAAGAAGUGCAAACAUCCGGUCAAAAAUCUCUUUAGGUGCUGGACAAAAAAUCUUAAUAAUACUUUUAAUUAUGAAGCACUUUUGGUAAACUGUUAUUUUAAAUGUGCUGAAUGAAACCGAUCUGACUCGAUGUUAAACGUCAUGAUUUCAGAUCCUUUGGAAAAGUUUCGGGUUUCUCGCUUUGCUCAAUAACAAGAAAGGAAAAGAAACCCAAACCAGCACGUUUGGGUUAAAAAUCCGAGCUAAACUGCAGCCUGUCCUUUCUGCCAGCUAAAUGUGCUCAGAGUGAGCCCUCGCCUCGUUUCCUGCGCUCUGUGCUGCCCAUAUGUCAAAGUCUUUGUGCUUUUCAAGACAGAGAGGCGACAGGAGGGAAAAAACAGCUGGAUCCAAGGACCAUCCAGCUAGCGGCUCCGCUAGCAGCGACCAGCUCCUCAAGGCAGCUAACCCCCGCUCUCGGCCCCCUGACUUCGGAAAGCUGGUUGUGAGAUUGAUGAUGUGCUGUGAAGAUGGAGGCUCCUGAAUACCUCGACCUGGAUGAGAUCGACUUCUCUGAUGAUUCAGUGUAUUCUGUCACGUCUCUGAAGAGCAUCCCCGAGCUGUCCAGGAGGAGUGAUGGUCAGACCGAGGAGAGACCAGCUCCGGCCAUCAACUGGAGUCGUGGCGUUUCCUCCCAUAGCGGUGGGGGGAUCAAACCCACUGGGAUCGCAGAGGUUCACAGUAAGUUCCGGCCAGUGAAGAGGGUCUCACCUCUUAAACACCAACCAGAAACCACAGACUCAGACACCGAUGGUAAAGUCCAGGGUCAGGGGCUGGUUCUGGGGGAGCCGGCUGACAAUAGUAAGGAUGACCCUGACAAACAGACUCACGCCUCCUCCGACGGGCAGGGAGUCAAGAGCCUGAGUGGCAGCGUUGGUGGUGUUGGAGGGAACAACAAUCCUCAGGCUUUGUUUGGGGAACUGGAGCACUAUGACCUGGACAUGGAUGAGAUCCUAGACGUACCUUAUAUCAAGUCCAGCCAGCAGAUGUCCACGCUGCCCCGUGUCCCCCACGACAAGCGUUCAGUGACAGGGAGCAACAUGGGCGGAGGCACGCUGGAGAGGAACCGGGGAGGAGGGCUGAAGAGCUCUGCUUUGCCCCAUAAUGAGCCUCUGAGUCUGGGCAGCAGCAGCUCACAGACUCCGUACUGCGUUCUCUCACCUGUAAAGUGGUCCGACCUGAGGAAGUCCAAGUCAAUGGAUCCAGACCUCCACCACCUCCACCGAUCCCCAGGUGGAGGAGGGGGCUACCAGCCUGAGAUGCUGUCUUCUGGCCUCCUGAGCUGCUCCUCCUCCCUCUCCUCUUUCUCUGAUGCAGACAAGCUGCUGUCUGCGCGGGUCUACCCAGACUCUCAGAGCCAGAGGCCCGGUGUUGACCCUCCAGGGGGCUCAGGUUCCCUGAUGUUCCCUCUGCCAGGGUGCAGCGUGAGCAGGCAGGACAGCUCCAAAUCCUGGGCUCCUGGAUCAGGAGGAGGGGGAGGUGGGCCAAGGGGGUUUGGAGGGGGUGGCGGAGCAGGAGGGGAGGUGGAUGAAGAAACCAAGAAGAACCAGAACAUCAUCAACAUUGUUAGAGAAGGACAGAUCUCAUUGCUGCCUCACCUGGCAGCUGAUAAUCUGGAGCUGAUCAGAGACGAGGACGGGAACAACCUGCUCCACAUCUCGGCCUCUCAGGGUCACGCCGACUGUCUGCAGCAUCUCACGUCUUUGAUGGGAGAGGAUUGUCUCAAUGAGCGCAACAGCCAGCAGCUCACCCCCGCUGGUCUGGGGGUCAAGAACGGUCAUCUGGAGUGUGUGAGGUGGAUGGUGAGUGAAACAGAGGCCAUUGCUGAGCUGAGCUGCACCAGAGAGCAUCCCAGUUUGAUCCACUACGCCGCCCGCUAUGGACAGGAGAAGGUGUUGCUGUGGUUGCUUCAGUUCAUGCAGGAACAGGCCAUCUCUCUGGAUGAAGUUGACCAGAACGGAAACACUGCAGUCCACAUAGCAGCUCAGUACGGACACCUCAGCUGUAUACAGACUCUGGUGGAGUAUGGCUCCAAUGUGACGUUCCAGAACCAGCAGGGGGAGCGGCCUUCCCAGAGUGCCGAGCGGCAGGGACACACCACUUGCGCCCGCUACCUGGUUGUUGUGGAAACCUGCAUGUCGCUGGCUUCACAGGUUGUUAAACUCACCAAACAGCUCAAUGAACAGGCAGCAGAGAGGAUUGCUUUACAGAAACAGCUGCAGAGACUGACGGAUCCCAACAAGGCAGAGGGAACGCCUUCCAGGUCACCCAGCUCCCAUCAGCCCUCAGUGGAGGCGUGGCAAGAGAUGAUGUUGACAGCAGAGGGGACUCCCAGUGACGGUCACUGGUUGGUUCGUCAGGGAGGGGUGGGGCCAGAUUCGGUGCUUCGGCAGCUCCUGGGGAAGGACAUGUCGGAGACGCUCUGUCCCAGAGAGAGGCUGCCUCCUGCGGGCGGUCUGAGCAGAGAAGGCCCCCCGGCUCCCGGGGGCCGCAGAAUAGGGCUGGUGGAGAGGAGAGAGCUCAAACUAGCAAGACUCAAACAGAUCAUGCAGCGUUCCUUAAGUGAAUCAGAUUCAGAUGGUUAUCCACCAGAGGAGGGCAAAAGUCAGGGAGCCCCAGCCUCAAACAUACGACCUGAUAGGCCAUCCCACUUGCCAAUCACAGAGGAGGAGCCAGCAUCAAACCACCUCCAACUGAUGAUGAGAAAGCACCUUCCCUCAUCAUCUUCUUCCACAGUGGAGAGGAAGCUUGCAUUUUCUCUCAGUGGAUCCAAGUCCGUGGACAGCAUUGGUUACAACCCUUCCCCCACCUCCAGUGACCCCGAGACCACAGAUGGCAAAACCCCAGACACUCCAGGGGACUUCCAGGAUGCCACUAAUGGCCAGAAAGUCGCAACCAGCCCCAAGAGUGCCCUGAAGUCUCCCUCGUCUCGCAGGAAGACGUCCCAGAACCUCAAACUGAGGGUCACAUUUGACGAGCAGGUGCACAAGAGCUCCAGUCAGGAGGCUGAGCCAACCAAAGCGCAUCAAGGGAAGGAGAGGACUCCAACAGGAAGUUCUGAAAGUAAGCGGCCAUUCGGGACCUUCCGCUCCAUCAUGGAGAGCCUGAGCGGAAACUCAAACCAUAAUAACAACAGUGGUGCUCAGUCAGGUCCUGCAGGUAAAGUGUCCACCACUCAGAACUCAUCUGGCAGGAAAUCAGAAAGUAAAAGCAGCCCAGGAGGCGGAGCCAAGGGCAAGAGCAAAACCAGUAAUGUCUAACCAGCGAGUGCCUAGUGAAAGGCAGAGAGCACGUAACGAUGCAUUCAAGAGCAAACAGUAAGAGACAGAACAUGAGAAACUUAAACUGAGUCAUUUCAGUUACAUGGUUUGUGUCGGUGUCAGGCAGAAAAUGUAACACAGUGACAUGUGGCAUACAGAGGCUUCAGAGUUAGCAGCCAUCUUCCAGUGGUGUUCUCAAAGCUCCCUGAAAGCCUUCAUGUGCUCCUGAGUGAUCAGUGAGAGGAAUAAAGAGCCACAGUUCUCCCAUAUUAGCCUCACUUAACGGACUCCCUGUUAAAUGCAGAAUCAGAGUGAACUUUUUAAGUCCUCAUCCUCACAUAGAAGGUCCAGGAUGAUCAGGCGCCAUCAUACCCUAAAGACCUCACGGUAAAAGUAAAGAGGCGGAGCCUCCUUUCCUGUAGAACCAGCUCCUGGUUUGGGUUCAGAACCCAACUGUCUAUUUUUAAAAUGUCCUUUUUGAUAAAGCUUAUAGUUGGGGCUGGAUCAGGGGACCCUGAACCAUCCCUUAGUUAUGCUGCAAUAGACCUAGGCUGUUGGGGGGGUUCCCAUGAUGCACUGAGCACUGUUGUUCACUCCCCAUGUGUUUCUGUGCCACAGUUGCAUGUCAUUUUCUCUUUUGCUCCACCCUCCAAGUACUCGCAGCAGAUGGCAGCCCAUCCCUGACUGUUACAAGGAGUUCUUCCUCCUCGUUGUCGCCGGUCUCCUUACAGGGGAUUGUGUGAUUGUUCCAUUCUCUCUCCAAUGCUGUGGAGUCUAUGACUUACAGUAUAAAGCGCCUUUAGAUGCCUGUACAUAAAACUGGAUUGAACUGAAUUAAUGGUGAAUCUGAAUUCAGAUUGUUUAAUGUGAACUAAAAACUAGUUCAUAUUAAGCUUACAGCUUUAAACAACAACAGCUGCUACAAUGUAACUGAAGUUUCUCGUGUUCAUUGUCUCAGAUGUUUGGCUUUGGAUGGUUUUAUACAGUUUAGGGACUCAAACAUCUCUUCAGCUUAUUUGAUGGGCCGAUGAUGAUGAUGCUGUGGUAGCUGGUGUCCUGCAGAAACCUGUCUCCAUAUUUCAGCUUUUCAUACGUUUUAUUUUUGGUUUUGUUGGCACAAAAAGUGUUAAAAUGUUCUGAGUGUGGGUUUGUGUUUCUCUGCCAUUGUUACUGUGCUCUGAUCAACACUAAAGAUGAAAUAUUAGUAUUUAUGUUUACACACAGUUAUAUGAUUUCAUUUUUAAUGUGGUUAUAAUCAUGCACAUUGCUAACGUGCACCAGCACAACAAAUAGUUUUAAAAACCACUGUAUAUAUAUUAGUAUUUAAUUUUGUUUUCAUUAUAUUCCACUUAAUUUUUUUUUCUCAUCUAUGCAGUAUUUUGGCAUGAAGUAGAAGUUAGUUGCUUGAUGUGAUUUUGAGAGUGGGAGGUUUAAAUUUGCACCUGUUAGGCCGGCCGAUGGGCCGACCGUGUCAGCAAUGAUCUUUAGGGUUUUUGUUUUUUUUUACCACUUUUGUGAGGUUUUACAAACUUGCUCAGAACCUGAAACAUGAAGGCUGAGGCUGUAAUCUGAUCCUCAUGUGGAGACACGUGUUUCUGCUGAAAAUUCAAACAGAAUAACAAAUCUGAAGAUCUACAGGAAGGUGGUUUUCAGGUUUUUCUAGAUGGUCUCCAUUAGUGCUGACACAGUUAUUGAUGAACUGAUUUCACAGUAAAUCAUUUGAUGUUCAGGGUCUUUAAAAUGGGAGACUUUGGGUGGAAAUGUGGCUUGUAAUAAAGAAACAAACUCAUCGGAGCUUCUCCGUGCUAACAUCCAGAGCUAAACGUUCCUACCACACUCUAGAGCAGGGCUCUUCAACUCCAGGCCUCGAGGGCCGGAGUCCUGCAGGUUUUACAUGUGUCUCUGCUUCAACA